AUGGCAUACUCCGAGUCUCAAUCCUCGACGACCAAAGGCGCUGCUGCCGCUCAGCUUCCUUUCACCAAGGAGCCGAAUACCUGCGGCUUCAUUGAUUCUCCUACUUCUGCACCGACGAUAUCCCCAAAAGACCAGGCGUGGACGUGUCCCGGGUCGUGCAUAUCGUCGAACUCAUUCCUAGGCUGCCGCUCCCCUGUACCAACAAAAUGCCUCGGGUCGUCCGUGGAGUCCAUAGCGGGCGGCUGUAAAGAGGGCGAGCUGUGCUGCAAAUACCGACCGGAUACCGCAUGCUACACCUGGCUUUCUACCGAUGAUGCGUCGACGUUUACCCUCUACGAAUGCAGUUCCACAAGCGGCACGGGUAACCUCCUGGCGUCUCCGACGGACCUGUCCGGCCCCAUCUUAACCACCAUCAUCGAUUCCACAUCCAAGAUUCUCACGGGAUCUGAGACACCAUCAGCAGCAACCGCGAGUCCCCUCCCAACAUCGACGCUGGAACCGCAGCAAGAAGCCUCAAAGGGGGCCAUAGCAGCCAGCGUCGCGGGCGCCCUCGCGUUCCUCGGCCUCCUUGCAGGCGGGGUCGUGUACUUGUACAUAUGGAACAAGAAGAAGAAGAAGCGGGAGGGGUUCACGGGGCUUAAUCGGAGGGGGAGCAUGGCGAUCUCGGGGCCGUACAUGGUUAGCGGGUUGCCGCCCAAGUUCCCGCCGCCGCCGCCUGCUCCACCGCGUCCCCCGAUGAGUCCGGGUGUCUAUGAUAUGGAAGUUUUUGACCAGGGGAGAGGGACUUCAUCGAUGUAUAGUAGAGGAAAUCACGUUGAGAGGGGCUCCGAGGGGCUGGUGCCGCCGGCAUUGAAUGUUCCUGGGAGACCGAGGAGGGAUGGGGAGGCUGUUAGUGGCGGGUGGAUUUGA